AUGUCUGGUAUCAUUGCCGUCUACGCCCUCGUUGUCGCCGUCUUGAUUGCCGGUGACAUGCGUCCUCCNCCGGGCACCCACUAUAGCUUGUUCACAGGCGCCAUGCACCUUGCCUGUGGUCUUUCGGUCGGCAUGACUGGUCUUGCUGCCGGAUACGCUAUCGGAAUCGUCGGCGAUAUGGGUGUGAGAUCGUACAUGCAGCAGUCACGAAUCUUUGUUGGCAUGGUUCUGAUCCUCAUUUUCGGUGAAGUCCUGGGUCUAUACGGGUAUUGUCCAUUAUGCUGCCUGGCUCAAGUCCUCGAUGCUGACAUUGUUCACAGCUUGAUCGUUGCCCUUAUCCUCAACACCAAGAGCAGAGGUUGA